CCUCCGCGGCCCUUCUUUCCUUCCCUCCCGACACACAGGAGGUAAACGGGCGGCGGUGCUUCUUCCUCGCGGUGACGAAGCUUCUUCCUCGCGGUGACGGUGCUUCACGGCGCCUUGAGAGAGACACAAACACCGAGCGAGCACCGGGGGAACACUCCCGCCUCUUCUCUAUCACCGACCGACCCCCGCCGGAAGCGCGGCGCUGAGGAGAGAAAGUAAUCCGGGCUGAGAGCGCGAAGAGAGAUCCGGGAGCAUGGAGCUCAUCACGAUCCUCGAGAAGACCGUCUCUCCAGAUCGCAAUGAACUGGAGGCGGCGCAGAAGUUUCUGGAGCAGGCGGCGGUAGAGAACCUGCCCACGUUCCUGGUGGAGCUCUCGAAGGUGCUCGCUAACCCCGGGAACACCCAGGUGGCUCGGGUGGCCUCCGGUCUGCAGGUGAAGAACUCCCUGACGUCCAAAGACUCCGACGUGAAGACGCAGUACCAGCAGAGAUGGCUGGCCAUCGACGGGAACGCCCGGCGCGAGAUCAAGAACUACGUGCUGCAGACCCUCGGCACAGAGACGUACCGGCCCAGCUCAGCCUCUCAGUGUGUGGCAGGUAUCGCCUGUGCAGAGAUCCCCGUGAACCAGUGGCCCGAGCUGAUCCCCCAGCUGGUGGCCAACGUGACGGACCCCUCCAGCACGGAGCACAUGAAGGAGUCCACGCUGGAGGCCAUCGGCUACAUCUGCCAGGACAUCGACCCCGAGCAGCUGCAGGAAAACGCCAACCAGAUCUUGACGGCCAUCAUCCAGGGCAUGAGGAAGGAGGAGCCGAGCAACAACGUGAAGCUGGCCGCCACCAUGGCUCUGCUCAACUCUCUGGAGUUCACCAAGGCCAACUUCGACAAGGAGACGGAGAGACACUUCAUCAUGCAGGUGGUGUGUGAGGCCACGCAGUGUCCCGACAACAGGGUGCGCGUGGCGGCGCUGCAGAACCUGGUGAAGAUCAUGUCUCUGUAUUAUCAGUACAUGGAGACGUACAUGGGACCAGCUCUGUUCGCG